AUGAAGUUCACCGCUGUUACACUCCUCACUCUCGCUGCGGGUGCCUUGGCGGCCCCGGUUGCUGAAGCUGCCCCCGAAGCUGAAGCUGCACCAGGAUAUGCCAAAUACGGCGACUACAAGGGCGCAGGUGAGAACCUGAAGUCUUAUCCUAGCUACGGAAGCUAUGGUGCGAAGCCAAAGCCAAAGCCUAAGCCUGCUCCGGCCCCUGCUCCUAAGCAGUAUUCUAGCUAUGGAAGCUACGAUUAUAAAAAGUACUCAUCCUAUGGCUCUUAUAAGCGUGAAGCUGAAGCUUCUUCUAAGAAGCCAGCUGCUGCCCCUAAGAAAUACACCAGCUAUGGUAGCUAUAACUAUAAGAAAUACUCGUCUUAUGGAUCUUACAAGCGUGCCAAGGAUUGGAUUGAGUCUCUCUUCUGA